AAAAUUUAAAUUUAUCUAUACGUUUAUAUUUUCUAUUAUGUACUGUGAAUCGACAACUCUGGACAAAAUAUGACAACUUUAUAAUUACGAUCAGAAUGAAUAGAUAUUAGUGUAAACGGCUUGAUAAUUAGUCAUGCCAGGUUUAGAAGAAAGUAUUCCACGCGAUACAAGUCCACCUACGCACAGCCUAAUGUCCGAUGGAAUCGUUUCCGAGCAAAUAAAAAAAUUUUUGUUUACUUCUCGUAAAACUCAAGAUAACGUACAGUGUAACGAAAGUUUAGAGAUAUAUAUUCCGGAGUUACUUCAAGCUAAUUAUAGUUUUUAUACAUGGCCUUCAGCACCUGUAUUAGCUUGGUUUCUUUGGGAACAUAAAGAAGAACUUAUUGGGAAAAGAGUGUUGGAACUUGGUUCAGGUACAGCUCUUCCUGGAAUUUUAGCUAGUAAAUGUGGUGCAAUAGUAACUUUAAGUGAUUCUGCUAAUUUUCCUAGAAGUCUACAACAUAUAAGAAGAAGUUGUGAAUUAAAUGGUAUUUUAUCUCAAGUUCAAAUUGUUGGUAUUACAUGGGGUUUAUUUUUGUCUAGUUUAUUUUCAAUUGGACCAUUAGAUUUAAUUCUUGGUUCUGAUUGUUUUUAUGAACCAGCAUUAUUUGAAGAUAUAGUUGUUACAGUGGCAUUUUUAUUAGAAAGAAAUCCAAAUGCAAAAUUUUUAUGUACUUAUCAAGAAAGAAGUGCAGAUUGGACAAUAGAACAUCUAUUAAAUAAAUGGAAUCUUACUUGCACUCAUAUAUCAUUAGCUGGACUUGGUACAGAUUCUGAUAUAAAUAUACAUGAAUUAAUGCAAGAUCAUACAAUUCAUUUAUUAAGUAUACAACGUGCAGCUUAAAUACUUUUUGCCAUGAUUAAUCGAUAUUUAAUUUUUAUACAUAAUAUUCCAUGGACAAUUUCUCGUUACGAACUUGAAAAAUACUUUUCAACAUUUGCUAAAAUAAAGAAUACAAAAAUUAUAUUUGAUAAAAAUGGCUUAAGUACAGGUCAUGGAUUUAUAGAAUUUUAUAGUAAAUUAGA